AGGUUCAACUAAGAUUUUGGAAGUUACUGGUAUAAUCAUACAGGAAAGCACCACGCGUACACCUAUCACACCCGCCCUUCCCCACGAUCUCCACCACUAACUCUCCCUCCCCCUCCCCCUCGCUCACCACCAACAACUGCCAAUAAGACGACAACAAACAAAACAACAACACCGAUGGACUUUGCCCCCUACCAAUCCGAGUCCCCAGAGGUCUCGAGAAACUUCACCCGGCCGACUUCCCCACCUGCACGAUCCUCAUAUUCACCCCUCCCCACACCCCAAGCCCCCCCACCAAUACUACCCACCCACUCCUCGCCAUCGGGAUGGAGCAGCAGUGGGCUUGGCCGGGAGACGAUAAAUCAGUUUGAGACGAGCUUGCCAAUACGGUUUGUUUAUCACCUCUCUCGGAGGUGAUGGCGGAGGGGAAGGAGUGGCGCCGUGGACUGAUGGGAUUUAGGUUGGACUGGGAAGCUGUUAUGGCAUACGUGCUAUUGCCGCCUGCUGGCGGUGUUCUGUUGUUGAUCUUGGAACAUAAGAGUGAUUAUGUUAGGUACUUUUACCCUGCUCCCUCGUCCAACUAUAUCGAAGUACGGAGCGCGAGUACUAACUGAUUGAGGGGUUUAGGUUUCAUGCAUGGCAAAGCUCGCUUUUGUUUGCUUUCCUAGUGGUAAGUCCCCUUGUUGAGAAUGGGUGAGUGGAUGGAGCGGAGUGUAGUAGUGGUUAACAGUGGGGGACAGAUCUUGCAUCUUAUCUUUUCGUUCUCGGCAUUCUUGUCGUAUUCCCUGUUAUUAGCAGAUUUAGGCUUGAUUGGGUAUCUGGGUUUCCAUGCCUAUGUCGAUGCGGAUACUCUUGAUAGGUAUGGUUGGGGUUGCCCCUGCCUUGGGGGUUAAUUUGUGGAGGCCUGCUGACUGUUGUUGUAUGAUAGAUGCGAAGUGCCCUUUUUUGGCCCCUUGGCGAGCUCGAUUCUGGACGAUGAGUAGGCGUAGCAAAGGGAUUCUCGGUGGUUAAUGGCUAUUUCCUUUACGAUGGGGUUGGAAUUUCGUAGUUUCGUGAGCAGCAGCUAUCUAUUUGUACGAUAUACCGGUAGAAGUGUAUUGGCAGGGUUUGCAGUGACCUUGAGGUGGCUUAAUAAUGUUUUUCCGGGUUGGUCGUGAUACACUAGUAAUACAAGUAUAACUUAUGUCCUUUCGACAUUUAACUGGUAGACUAACUUAGGCGAAUUCCUGUGAGACUGAAAUUUGCCCAUGAUUGCAGAGCCAGGGUUGGCCACGUGUGACCAAGGCAUGUGUGAAAUGAGUGUAUGGGGGGAGGGGGGUGUCCCUUGCCUGGGAACCUCACACGACGUCAGUGAGCCCGCAACAAACACAAUGCAAUGCGUUCCCUUCAUUCUCACUUCCCCUUCAAGAACGCCGCCAUCGCCACUAUCUACACGCUCUCCUAAUACCGAAUACCCGGCUACAGCGCCGACACUCUGGACGAUAAUCCCUAAUAGCUAAUUAAUGAGAUGGUUCAUCACCCAGUGCCUCCCCUUCAACGAAACUCUAUCAAAAGGCUAACAGGAGCUCGCAACAGUCUAACGGCUUCCUCCUCCUCCUCCUCCCCCCCCGUUUCCUCCGCAUCCUCCUCUCGCGGCCCGCGCAGCGCGCCUACCUCACGACUCUUCUCCUGAGCAUCUCAACCCUUGUCCUCUUCUUUCUAGCCGUAAUCUCCUACACCCUCUUCUACAUCCACCACGUCCCGCACAUUGGCGUUCAAAAGCCCCUACACCUACAAUUCCCCACAUCCCCAUCCACCUCAUCCCUUUUCCCCCACCAGCAUCGCCACCCAACCGGCGUAAUCCACUUCAACGGUGAAAUCAUCCCACGGCAGGAAUACUCCGUCGCCCUCCUCCUCCUCCUCCCAUCCUCCCCCGAGAACCAGAAUGCAGGGAACUUUAUGGCCGAGAUAACAAUUUACUCCACUCCCCCCUCCCCCUCCUCCUCAGCUUCCGCGCCGGGAACGGUGAUAGCGACCAGUCGUCGGGGGGGCUUAAUUCCCUGGCGCAGCCCCAUCGCUCGCACGGCGCACACGCUACUCCGGCUUCCAUUACUGCUCUUUCUACCAAACACGAAGGAGGAGGAAGCCGUCCGCGUGGUGCUACUUGAGGACGUGGUCUUUGAUGAGCCCGCGCGACAUGCGGUGGUUAGCCUAGAGAGCCGCUCGAGGCUGGACGUGUACGAGGCCAGGGUCGAGCUCCAUGCGAAGUUGGCCGGGAUAAGGUGGAUCAUGUGGCGAUGGAGGGUCCUCAGCUUUCUCCUAGGGAGCGGACUAUUCUUUGCCGUGGAGGUUUUUGCGACGGUGGUGGUCUGGUGGGUGGUUUACGGAUGGUUCGCUGGCUCGGGAACAUUGCCUGCGCCCGGCGAGGGAACAUACCCCGAGGACGAGGAAGGGGAGGAAGGCGACAGGGUCGACGGAGCAGAUGAUCUGGGCUUCGACACGCCAGAGAGUAUAGGAGCGGAUGAUGAGGAGGAGGAGGGUGACGAUGAAGUCCUACUUAAGAGCGACGUGGGCGAUUCCGGGAUCGGGAGCCUAUCGGAGAGUUUAGGGACUACCGCCAGGGAGAGGUCCGUGGGUGGCGCAGGUGGCAGUAGUAGUGGUGGUAGCAGGAGGCGGAGGACCAGGUCGGGGUAA